CAACUCAGCAGCCUGCUUAUUUUCUUCCACUUUCCGAACACUUUUUCCCAUUCUCCAAACAGCAAGAAACCCUCCCAUUUCUUCCUAGUACAGCUAGCAGAAGAGCCCCUCCGGGAUCUGGUAACCUUAACUUGUGCCAUAACACCAUGUUUGGUAGUGUUAGUUCAUCUCCUCCAAUUUCUAUUUUUCACCUCUUCAUCUCAUCUCUCUCUUCCACAGUUCCUCCCUCUUUCUUUCUCUCUCUUCAUGGAAUUGCCAGUCAAGUUGCCUGUUUACAAGAUAGAAACCAGAAAUCUGUGCCACACUGUUUGUUGCAAUAAGCCGAUUCUACAGGAUGUCAACUGUGAAGCCAGGCCCAGGGAAAUCACGGCCGUUGCCGGCCCGAGCGGCGCCGGGAAAACAACACUCUUGGAAAUCCUCGCCGGGAAGAUCUCCCGGAGAAAGUUCUCCGGCGAGGUUCUGGUUAACCAGUCUCCCAUCGAUGCCAAAUGGUUCCGUCGAAUGUCAGGGUUCGUUACACAAGAUGACGCUCUAUUCCCGCUGCUCACUGUUGAAGAAACGCUAGUCUACAGCGCGCUUCUGCGGCUUCCCGGCGGGAGAAAAGAGGCGGCCGGCAGGGUGAGGGUGUUGAUGAACGAGCUCCGGCUAGACCAAGUAGCCGACUCGAGGAUCGGCGAAGGAAACCACGGGAUUUCGGGUGGCGAAAGGCGAAGAGUUUCGAUCGGAGUCGAGCUGGUUCAUGAUCCGGCUGUCGUUCUGAUCGAUGAGCCGACCUCGGGAUUGGAUUCAGCUUCUGCUCUUCAAGUCGUUUCACUGCUUCGGUCAAUGGCCGUUAAUCAAGGUAAAACCAUCGUUCUAACCAUCCACCAACCCGGUUUUCGUAUUCUUGAGCUGAUUGAUCGUGUCGUUGUGCUUACAAAUGGGAUUGUGGUUCAUAAUGGCUCGCUUAAGCUUCUGGAAGAGAGGAUAAAUGCUGCUGGGUUUUGCAUCCCUCGCCACAUCAACGUGCUGGAAUUCGCCAUUGAUGUCACAGGAAAGUUGGUUCAUGAAGAAGAAGGAGAAGAAAAAGAUCACAACCACAAAAGAAGCAACUUUCAAUCCAACAACAUUGAAGAAAAGGUGUUUAUUACUUACCCGAACAGUCGACUCGAAGAAGUUCGAAUUCUAGGAGGAAGAUUCUGCAAGAAUGUGUUCAGAACAAAGCAACUCUUCACCACCAGAGGCUUACAAGCCUUAGUGGCUGGCUCUGUGCUUGGAAGCAUCUUCAUGAACGUCGGCAACAAUCAAGGGCCAGUUGCUCUACAAACCCGAAUCGGGUUUUUCGCCUUCACGCUCACCUUCUUGCUUUCUUCCACAACCGAAGGCCUCCCCAUAUUCCUGCAAGAGAGGAGAAUUCUAAUGAGAGAGACCUCAAGAGGAGCUUAUAGGGUAUCUUCUUAUGUCAUAUCCAACACCCUUGUGUUCAUUCCUUUUCUCCUUCUGGUUGGCCUCCUCUACGCCUCCCCGGCCUACUGGCUCAUCGCGCUCAGGCGCGACAUCGAUGGCUUCCUCUACUUCUCCCUCGUGGUCUGGAUGGUUGUGUUGAUGUCCAACUCCUUCACAGCAUGCUUCAGUGCUUUGGUGCCCAACUUCAUCAUGGGGACUUCUGUGAUUGCAGGGCUAAUGGGAUCCUUCUUCCUGUUUUCUGGGUAUUUUAUAGCCAAGGAGAACAUUCCCAGUUACUGGAUUUUCAUGCACUAUUUGAGCUUGUUCAAGUACCCAUUUGAGUGCUUCAUGAUAAACGAGUAUGGUGGGGAGCAAGGAAGGAGGAGAUGCGUGGAGAGUGAGAGUGGAGUCUGUAAUUUAUAUGGAGAUGGCUUCUUGGCACAGCAAGGUCUAAAGGAAUCACAGAAAUGGAGCAAUUUGGUUGUCAUGUUGGGCUUCAUCCUAGGUUACAGAGUGGUCUGUUUUCUGAUUUUAUGGUGCAGAUGCCAUACAACUGGAAGAUGGUAGAUUAUUUUAUUAUUUCAUAUAUUAUUUGCUCGGACAAGUUUUACAAAUUUUAAGGAAACACUAAUUGUUUUUUCAUGUUACAUGUUCCUUUUUAUUAUUGGUUUAAUUAAAAAAACAACAAAAUUAAGUGGCGACGAACAAAUAGGCCAAACCAUUCCAGAUGUGAUGUAACUGAUUCCAUAUUUGAAAGACUCGAAUGAAA